GCAAAGGGUAUCGUGGUUGAAACGGCAGAAGAGCGUGCCGCCAUGGAAGAUCAAUUAGAGAAUCUCCUUGAAAAGGCGCGGAAGGAAGCCGAAGAAAUCGCGAAGCAAGAGAAGGCAGCGAGUAAGGGUAAACAAGGCGAACACUAUGAAGAGGACGACGAUGAUCCCGAAUUCUCUGGGUCUGAGGAGGACAAUGAAGAGGAAGAGGAAGAGGAAGAUGAGGAUGAAAAUGGCGACGACAACGAAGGGGCACAUGGUCUAUUCGAUUCUGAAGCUAGUGAAGACGAGGAAUCCGAUGAUGACCGCUCCGAAGUCACGUCAUCGGAGGAGACUGGUUUGCCCACCCAAAGGCAAAAGCGGCCUACUCGAGUCAUUAGCGACGACGAAGACGAGGAAAUCGCACCCAGGACACCCAUAAAGACAUCUAACCCAACUACAGUACAUUCUGUAGAGCGGCCACACAUACCUGGUCUGCCCUCGAACGACAUGACGAUGAGCUUAACACAGGCAUUCGCAGGAACCUUGGGCGAUAAUGAGUCGGGUAUCCAGGAGGAGCCUAUAAUUCCGCAUUCAUUGCCCGAUCCAGUAGAUGGCCGACAUGAGCCAGAUUCACAGAUGAUCAUCAAGGAUAGCCAAGAGCAGCGGCCUGAGACAGAUCUACUGGCACAGCCUGAGAUGCGAGUUUCUGAAUCCCCUGCACCACGAGGAAUGUCUCAAUUCUCCCAAAUUCCGGACCCAACGCAGGAUGCUGGAUUUGUACUGUCUCCAUUCGAUCCAUCGAAAAGAUUUUUGAGCACUCCUACGUCGACUGUGGAGACUGUUCUUAUCAACCAGAAUGUGUCCCGGAACAAUUCACCUACUGUAGAACGAAAACUGAAGCAUCUGCGACGAGGACGGGCAACCGAGCUUUCCAUUAUUGAAGAGCAAAGUGAAGGCAGCUUUGAUAUUGAAGCCAGCGCAUUCGACGUUAUGAAGAAAUUUGCCAAGAAGCCUGGCGUGCCGUUUGAUAAAAACAAGAGUAAGGCGAGGGAUGUGGUUGAGGAAGCUGCAGAGGAGUCCGAUGACGAAUAUGCUGGUCUUGGAGGUGCGAGUGACGAGGACGACGACGUGGAGGAUGCGUACGAUCGGCAGAUGAUCAACGAUGACGGCGGAGAGACUGUCGAUGAGAAACAAUUGGCAGCUCUCAAUGCACUCCAUCAGAGAAAUGCCGAUGAGAAACAAGUAGCCAAGCUCCUUAAGGACAUCACAACAGGCGCUCUUAGACGACGCAGGAGGGAUGGCGAUGAGUUUGACUUGGAUGAUUCUGACGAUGAGCUCCUCGCCCGUCGGCGACAAAAACAGCGGGAAUUCGCGAGGAUGCGAAAGGCCCUUAUGGCUGAUGAAAAGAUUGGUGAAAUUGCCCAGAACCCAAAGAAAGCUGCGUUCUUCAAGGCUGUUGAAGAUCGAGAUAUAGACGAUGAUGGUCUAGAUUUCUUAGGACCCGAAGAAAACCUCGAGUUUCAAGGAGAGGAGUCAUCGCAAGACGUGAUACCCGACUCUCAACCAGAUGCUGCAACUGGGACUCACAACAAGAAAAAGAGGCCUUUUGAGCCUUCACCUGAGGACAUCAAUAAUCGGCCACCGCCUCAUAUGCGUCGCAAGCCGGUAAGCGCCAUGUCUAAGAAGCCGGCUACCCUGGCUGAAAUUCGCGAAACCGUUUCUUUCUUGACCGAAACGCCUGAAUAUGACUCUUUCCACGAAGACGUAUCCGUCGAUGAGGACGAUGAAAAGGACAUGGAUAUUGAUGGCGAGGCAGCUGAUGAGCAGGUGUCGAGCAGCCAGUCCAAGGAAGAAUUCGUUCCUCCACGGCAUCCACGCCGGACUAGGGGCCCUAUUGUAGAUCGACUUGCUCUACUCCGGCAAGCAUCAUCCAAUUCUGCCACUUCCGCUUCCUCUAACACUCGGUUUGCCUUCCAAACUGGCUCUGGACCUGAUCUAAUUGGCUUCCGGCCUCCCAUGCUUCGGAAGACUACGACUGGCUCUUCCACAAGUACCUCAUCCAAAUCGGACUCAUCUCGGCGAGUCUCCAAGCCUGCGACCGGUGUGUCGGUUGCAAAGAAGGGCGCAGUGAAUUACUAUACUGCUGCCCGAGAAAAAGAGCGCGAGAGGGAGCUUCGUACAAGGAACCGCAACGGCGGUUCAAACAUCACUGCUUUGGUGAACAAACAUACCAGCAACCGACUUGGUGCUCUUGGUAAGACCGGACAAUGGGAUUAAGGAAGGCUGGCGACUCAUCUGUAUAUAUGUGCUUUGGGUUUGCUUGUUCCGAUGUUAGGUGUUCUGGAGCCCAGAUGUUUCGCAAUCAUGACCAUGAUUUAAUUUUUUACCUAGAUAGUAUUUUAUGACGGGCGGCCAAGCAUGGAUUGU